UAAACACACUAAGAGAUUCUCUGACGAGACAGCAGUAUCUCAGCCCUGGGCAGAAGCAAGCCACACAGGUCACUAUGAAGGUGUUUCUUCUGUUGCUGGUCGUCGGUGUGGCCAUCGCCGAGGAUGUAGCGUCAGUGGAGAAACCAGUGGUGGUAGCAGCCAAACCAGUGGAGAAAGUGGUGGACGUCGGCAGCAGGACAGCCGCAGUCGAGAUCGGAGGAAGAAGCGCCGUCCCAGUGACCACCGUCUACCCGUACACGACCGUGCCCUACUACUGGCCCUACUACCCGUACGUGACGGUGGCGGCGUCGCCACAGGUGGGGCGCUCGGACGUGAAGAGCGUGGUGCCCUACUACACGGUCCCGUACGCCUACACGUACCCCUACUACACGUAUCCCGUGGUGGCGGCGGCACCGGCGGCUGCAGCAACACCUGUCGGAGCCUCCGUGUACUACGGCAGCUGGCUGAAGUGAGGCCCUGCGUCCACCAUCGCGGACCUUCUCCAACUGGUGGCUCAACUGUACUUCUGCAACACCUGGCGCUGUGGAUCUCGAAAUAAAUGUGUCUGUAUGGCGGUAACACCAUCGGCUGAAUAGCUGCAUCUCUCAAUAGCAAUAGUCGCAUAAUUACAGAACAUUCCCAAAUUGGAGAACUCUGAUAUAUUGUAAAUGUCUAAUAAAGUUCGCUGGUUUUUGAUUUAA